AACCAGAGGGGCAGCUCUAGAUCUCUUAGCCCCUGGUGAUGCUGGAGUGUGAGCAGGAUUUAAACAUAAGGGAACAUAGUGCUCUAGUGUUUUUGAUAUUCACUUGUCUCCAUAAGAAUUGGUGAAAUCCUGUUAUCCUACUGAACCAGGGAGACUUGUGGUAAGCUUGUAGGACAGCUGGGCAAGGGCAUGAGUGAUCUGCACCUCUGAGUAAGAAACCCACCCUUCUCUGUGAGCCUGACUUUCAACAAAAUAUGCCCAGAUGUGUGCUGUGAAACUGUUCUAAUGUGGUAUAAACCAGCACUGCUCUGCAAGUCAAGGCAAGGAAUUCAGGCCCAAGAGGAACAUAUAGUCUGGUACAGACUGAACAGUGGAAACCCUACAAUCAUUCUGGGAUGCUUCAUGAUCUCUAGAGAUUCAGCUUUGGCUUCUGUAGGUCCUCAAGAGCUGCAGAAAGGACAGCCAGAUCAUCCUUUUGGGGACAGCUUCCCAUGGAGUAGAACAGACGAGAUGCUAACAAGAGACUUGGAGAAAGCAAACAUAUCCAGCUGGGAACAUCAAAGUGGCAAUGUCUUCAUCCAUGCAGAGAGCAGCUUGUUUUCACUGCCAUGCAGCCCCAUUGAGAUGGAGGUGCCCAAUCCCACCUACCACUGGUUCCAUGACAAGGAAGACUCUGGGAGUCUCAAAGUCAGCAAUCAAGGACAUCUCCUCUUCAAACAGUUCCAAGCAAGUCAAAGUGGAAACUACUCCUGCACCAUCUCCUACAUGGAACACGGGCUCUCUGUGUCCCAAACGUUUCACUACAGCGUGCUUGGCUACCACAUACUUGGAGGCCUGGAGACCGUGUUGCUCUUCCAGAGCAAGCGCUGCGAGGAAAAGUGGACCAAGAGAUUUCUGUGGAUUCUGCAAGAUAGCCUGAGCCAUUUGGCAGCUGAGCAGCACUGCAAAUUUGAGCUCAUAGGAGCCUCCUGCUUCCCCACACUAAAUGAGCCUUUGCRCAAGGUCUUUGUUGAAGUCCAGCUGCAAGUGUCCUUCUUUGGGCCCCAUUGGGAUGAGCGCUGCAUCUCUCAGGACCAGGAGAAGGUCACAGACUGCUACCACAGAGUAGUGGAGCAAAACAUCUGGCAGGUCCAGCUUGCCAUGAACAACUUCUUCAAAGAUCACAAGUUCAUCCACGUCUCUGGAGCUGAUGUUCCCCACGUCAUUUUUACCAACGAUUUUGUCGGCUUCCUGGAGACUAAGCACUGCCUUGGGGGCUACGGACAGACCAAGCAGCUGCAAAGAUGCCUCGACUGCUGCAUUGUAUGUCCACCAGGGACGUUCAGCCCUCCUAAGGACAGUCAGUGCUCCCCAUGCCCUGUUGGAACCUACAGCCUCACCUACGGCAUGGCAUGGUGCAUUCCAUGCAAAGAAGGCCUGGUCACCAGGACAGCAGGCACCAGCUCCAUGGAAAACUGUGUGGAAGAAGAGGCUAAACAGGCUGCCUCCACUGCAAGCAGGAUCCCAGUCCUGACUCUCAGCAUCGUGAUACCACUACUAGUCAUCAUCCUUCUUCUCUUCCUCAGUUAUUAUUGCUAUUGGACCCAUCAAGAGCACCCACUGUUAUCUCCAAAAGCUUCCAAGAGAAUAGAAACCACCAAGAUGAUGGAGAUGAUGAAAAAAUUCUUUAGAUUCUCUAAGGAGAGCACCCAUGAUGGACCUGCUGCUGCAACUGCCAAUGUCACCAAUUCCCUGGGCCCCAGUGCGUCUCAGAAGGCUGAUACGGAGUAAAUGCAUGAAGUUUCCUCCCUUACAACAACCUCUUAUUUAGCUGAUGCAACCAAGAAGAAAUCUCCUGUACCAUCAGUGUCAGAUAUAAGGGAUACAUUCUGAGAGUCCCACAGCCGUGAAGGGAGAGCAUCCCUCCAGCCAYCACUGUUCAUUUUGUGCGUGUCCUUAACCAACCCCACGCUUGCUGAAGGAUCCAGCAAUGAUGAAGAGGGACACUCUGCUCCACCACCU